AUGGAUGUCCUUAGAGAAAAUGUAAAAAAACUCAAGCCUACAGAAAGGUACUGUUCCAUAUUAUUUGAUGAAAUGUGUUUAAGUAGUGGUCUUAAUUAUAAGUCAUCAUCAGAUAUAAUUGAUGGUUUUAUCGAUACCGGAGUGUACAGAAGUCAAAUGUUUGGUGACCAUGUUCUCGUUUUUAUGAUACGUGGGAUAAAAAAGAAAUUUAAGCAACCAAUAUGUUACACGUUUUGUCAAGGUGCCACUAAACAAGAUGAACUUGUAAGGCAGUUAAAAGAGGUCAUAUGUGAAGUUCACAAGACUGGUUUAAGAGUAGUUGCCACAAUCAGUGACCAGGGUAGAGCAAAUGAAGGCGCUAUUAACAUAAUGAGAAAUGAUACGAGGAAACAUUAUAUAAGUAAUAAUCUGGAGUACCGGAAUGAUUAUUAUGAAGUAGAAGUUGCAAAGGGAGAAUAUUUACAAAUAGUUCACCUGUUUGAUGUACCUCAUUUAAUGAAAUGCAUCCGAAAUAAUCUUAUAACUAAAGACUUAACAUUUUCCACAAAUGGUAUUAAAAAAACUGCUAAAUGGGAACACUUGAUACAGCUAUACCAAGCUGACAGCUUCAUACCUGACUGCAAAAUGCUACCUCGAUUAACAGAUGCACAUGUAAUACCAGAAAAAAUUCCUAAGAUGAAAGUUCGAAACGCUUGUCAAGUGUUUAGUCAACGAGUUUCAGCAAUAAUGAAUUUCCUUGCUUCUAAGUCUAUCAUUGAUCCUGGUGCAGCAGAUACAGCAGAAAUUUUUUUAUUUUUCGAUAAAUUAUUCGAUUCACUCAACGUCUCUUUUGACAAGGUAGUUGAUGGGAAAAUUUUCAGAACGUCUGUCAAAAAGAAUUCAAUACAUCAUCAACUUUGGAUGGAUAGUUUAAAAGUAUUGUCUACUAUGAAAUUUGUUAACAAAAACGGAAAAGCCGUCAGUAUACCAACAAUAAAAAAUUGGGAAAUGACUAUAAAGGGAUUCCAAACAUUAUCAAAGGCUUUACACAUUAAGGGGAUACAAUCAUUACUUCCCAGAGUUUUAAACCAAGAUUCUUUAGAAAACUUAUUUGGAGGCAUUAGAAGUGUUGGAUGCUCAAAUCCUACGUGCAGCAUUUUCAUGUCAUCAUACAAAACAUUACUACUUAAUAAUUUGGUUUCGUCUCACUCACCUGGGGCAAAUUGUGAGGAUUUCACUGAAGGAUGUUUACUGACGUACAAAAACUUAUUUUCCAUUAGACAAGAAACUCCAGAAAUGCCACUUCUUUCGUGUGAUUUACCUGAACAAGUUAUUCCUAACCAGCUUGAUACAACUCAGUAUUUAAGAGACCUCACGCAUACAUUUAUUUCUGGGUAUAUUAUCAAAAAAAUUAAUAAAAACUUAUUAAAAAAUUGUAAAACAUGUUUAAAACUAAUAUGCUCAAAUAAUACAUCUAGUGAAAACUAUGAGCUAUUACAAGCUAGAGAAUACCAACCUUCUCGACCAUCUUUAAAAUAUCCAGCACCAUCAUUUGGUUUAUUAGUUAGUAAAAUAAUUGUCAAUAUCACUCAAUGUUUACCUUCUGUAUGCCAUCACCCCAAAAUUAAAUCAAUUCUUAUAGAUAAAAUUCUUUCAAAUUUUAAUCUAAGUAUUUUACACUGUCCAAAGCAUGAUGAUAGUAUUCAAUAUAAAAUUGCUGAAUGCAUUGUAAAUUUAUUUCUUCAUUUUUGGUGUACCGAAAUUAACAGGAUACUGUCAGGAAAGCGUAAAAUUAAACACAAUUAA